AAGAAGGAAAGAUGGCAUCAAGACAGCCUGAUGUCACAGUUCAGUCUGUGUUGGGUAAGAUCAGUCGAGAUCAUCUGCAAUGUCCCAUUUGCUCUGACCGUUUCACUGAGCCUAAGGUGCUUGACUGUCUGCAUUCUUUUUGCCAGAAAUGUCUGAAAAAAGUCAGACAGGGUCAACGUUCACAGGAUGCAAAACUUGUGUGUCCCCUCUGCAGACGUGACACCAUACUAAAGGGAGACGUUUCCGAUUUGCCAAGUGACUUCAAACUGACCGCCUUGCUGGAUGAGGUCAACGUCUAUGAAAAGGUACUUGAAGGUCAAAGGUCGGAGAUCAAAUGUCAAGCCUGUGAUGAAGAGAAUCAGGCUGUGUCAAGAUGCAUGGACUGUGAUCAUUUUCUCUGCAAAGAAUGCCAAGUGGCACACAGGCGUUUUUCUUCAAUGAAAUCACAUCAAAUCUACACACUGGCCCAGCUUCAAUCAGGAGAGGUAACUUACAAGAGUAAGAUUAGAGAGUACACUCCAAAAUGUGCCAAGCAUUCCGAUCAAAAUCUCACUAUUUACUGUAACACAUGUGAGAAGUUGGUAUGCACAACAUGUGCUAUUGUAGAUCAUGAGAGACACUCUCGUGUUGAUGUACCUGAAGCUGUCGAUAAGUGCAAACGAGAUGUUGCUAGAAUGUCUGUAAAAGCUGAACAGAACAAAGCAAAACUGAAAACAAACAUUAGUGAAAUAGAUGACAACUACAAAAAGCUGAAUGCCAUGUAUGCAGACACCACCAAGAAAAUCUCCAGUAAGGCUGACAAGGAGGUUGCUAGAAUAACUAAGGUGAUCAGAGAGGAAGAGCAGAAACUGAAGCAAGAGGCAGAUACAUUCUUCAAAGACAGAGCCAAGACAUUGGAAACUGCUCAUGCCACAAACAACAGUCGUCUGACUCACACUGAGAAAAAGCUGGAUGAGGUGAACCAAUUUGUGACUGAAGCAAGUUGCUACGAAAUUCUGGAUUUCAAGGCUAAACUCAUAUAUAACCUGGAAGAAUUGACCAAAGAACAAUCCGAGGAAGAGCCUGACAGUUUGUGUUCCAUUAUGGACUUUGAGGAAGGUGCUGGGACGUCACUCGGAAGGCUGGUGCUGGAAGAUACACAAAUACCCAGCUCAAGUGCCACAGCUGAGACUUCACAGACACCUGUAAGAUGGGAGCUGAAAAGAAAAAUGGAGACAUUUGGACCAACAAAGGAAACAGUUGCCAAUGUUGAUGAAAUUGCCACAUUAUCUAACAAUGAACUUGUCGCAUUAGACGAUGUGCAUAACAAGUUAAUCAUUUUCUUAGCCGAUGACAGCCUUCAGUCUGAUGUAAUUCCACAAGAACUCCAGCUUGCAGGUCUUACUAAACCAACCCAUGUUUCAGUAAACAGGGAUGACGAAAUCAUUGUUCUUGACAAACCUGCUGUCAAAAUCUUCAUUAGAGGCUACCAACCCUGUCUCCAUCAGUUCCUGCCAGGUGAGGAGACAGGCAGCACCCCAACCUGCCUUGCAGUGGGUGGUGGGGAUGUGAUAGCAGUGGGUUAUAUGGGCAAAGAAGAGAUCUCACUGCACAAGAGAGAUGGAUCCCUCAUCAGGAGAAUACCUGCUCCAAAGAUUGGAUCAAAUUUGACGAUCUACAAGCAGCACCUUUUCUACACUUGCUGUGGAGAUAAUAACCAAGGACUUCUAUCAUCAAUUGACAGCUAUGGUCGCAUGGUUUUUUCAGUUGAUAUUCCCAGCAAUAUUCAAGGGGAGUGGUAUGCUUUUGGUUUGUGUUGUGACAAAGAUGGCAAUAUUUAUGUUGCUGUAUCCGGGUGGCCUUUAGCAAAUAAACAAGGUGAAAUUCAGCAUUUCAGUGGUGAUGGACAGUACAUGGGCUGUAUCAUCAGUGAAUGUGGUUGUCCAGGUGACAUCACAUGUACACCAGCUGGAGAGCUGGCUGUGGCAGCAAUAGAAAGUGUUCAAGUCUAUCAUCGAGUGUAAAAAUUGACAAUGAAUGUCAAAAUAACAACAUGACACAAAGAACUAAUUCAAACGUUAGCAAAAUAUGUGAGACUUGCAAAACAGUGCUGGUUGUGUGUCAUCAUAUCAAUGUGUUUAUCCAAUGGACCUCAUACUCAAGAUAUCUGAGCCGGUGAUGGCAGAAAAGGACUAGGUUAAAGUCUAUCAUGACUCUAAAGCCAACAUCAAAUAAUAAUCAAAGAGAAAUGAAUGUAACUGAAACAAUGACACGUGCACGUAUUUGCAGAAAACAUGAUAAAGUGCAUGUUAAUGUACCUUUAAUUAACCAUUCAAAAUAUUUAUCUCUAAAGUUGAGGGAUCUGAUACACCGUGCCCUCUGGAGACGUGCACACA